CAGGACUACUCGCUCCACCACUACCACAACCACCACCAUGCGCAUCAUCACCAUCAUCAUCAUGAGGAGGAGAGGGAGCAGGCGGAGGGGUGCCGGGGCGGCAGGUGCAGGAGCGGCUACUCCUCCCUGCGGGCGCUGGGGGUGUCGCUGGGUCACGCGCUGGGCCCCUCCUUUGGCUCGCUGUGUGCGGCGGGCGGGCUGCUGGGGGCCACUGCGGGGGUCAGGGCGCUGGUGAACAGGUUCACUCCCCGGCCGCAACAAUUCGCAACCCUGCAGUACCGCGCCCCACCCGGCGGUGCCCACCCCCCGCCUCCGCC